UGACGCAGGCACGUCUUUGUCGGUCCCCUUUGAGGUGUCCAUUGGCUCCGCUGUGGCACGUCCCUCCCAGCGGAAGUGCGGACAUUUCCAUUUGGGCUUGGUGGUCGCGGGUAUCAACAGUUCAAGAGCUCAAGCCUGGGACAAUGGUGUGCAUUCCUUGUAUCGUCAUUCCCGUUCUGCUCUGGGUCUACAAAAAGUUCCUGGAGCCAUACAUAUACCCUCUGAUUUCCCCCUUUAUUAGUCGUGUGUGGCCUGGAAAAGUUAGAGAAUCCAAUGAUAAAAACAAAGGCAAACUAGGUUUUAAGGAUGCAGACAUAAAUGGAUUACCAUCAAAAGGACCAACAGAAAUCUCUGAUAAAAAGAAAGACUAAAAGUGAUUGUCCCAGAGGACCUCAUUGUUUUCAAAAUGGACCCGAUAAUCUGAAGCACCUUCUUUGUAAUUGUCUCUGACCUUUUUCUCUUAGACCAGAAUUCGGGAUAGAUAGUUGAGAUAUUUACCUGACACUAAUCAGGAAAUACAUGGUGUUUGUAUUUAAAAUGUAUUUAGUUAUGUAUUUAAUUAUCUCAUUUCUGAAUUCCCUUUUUCAUUAGCGUAGCUUUCAUUUCUACUAUUACAGUUUUAAUAAUACGAACAAAUGGAAGGUUUGUGCCAGUGGACACUGAAUCAGCACCUAAAUAUCCUCGGGCCUCUUGCUUUUGUUCAGGCUCUUCAAAUUUGAGCAGAGUACAUUUUUACUGUGAAAUAGUGCAGUGAGACUGUGCAGUGAAACAAAAGAGAGUGUUUGGAGAUGAUAAUGACUUGAAACGUAAAGUUAUAAUUACUGCCCAACACAAUGGAGCGGUUUAUGUAUAGAGUAGAAUUACUGUUUAAUGCUCUGAGGAAGAUAGCAAAGACUGGGAACUAGGGGGAAUUUCUUUGAAAAAUGUAACACCUUUUAUAUAAAUAUCUAAUGUAUAUUAUAAAAUUCUAAUCCUUGUUGCAUUCCUUCUAUUCCUAUAAAAUAUUAAAUAUCCAA